AUGAGGAUCCCCCUCAUUACCUCGCUCGUGCCUCUCAUCUUCCAAGCGGUACAAGAUGCCCCACCGACUUUGAGUUUUACGCCGCGACACGCGCACGCAGUCCACGAUGGCGCGUCGAUCGUCAUGGCCGACACGCCUCUCUCCAUCCAAGCCGCCAACGAUAUGGUGAUCAGGACGCGAAGGAGCACGAUCCGGCGUCCCUCCUCACGACCGCCCGAGAUCCAGUCAUGGGCUAAGAGCGCACACGCGCGCGCAGCUGGUGGCAACGCGAGCAUUGAUGGCUGGGCCACGCCACUCAUGGAUUCGGAGGGGGGGUGGGGAUGGGAGGACGUCGAGGUCGAGAUGCCAGACACGACAGACCGCCAGACACUUAUCACCCUGGCCAAGAUGGCUGCGAACGCGUACUCCCAGCCUGCUGAUUAUGGGUGGUAUCCCAUUGGAGGGAGUGAUAAUGGGACCGAGUUCGGUUGGGAGCCUGAUUCUGAUGGGUUGCGAGGCCACAUCUUUGCCGACGAGAGUAACUCGACUGUCGUGAUCGCCAUCAAGGGCACAAGUGCCGGCUUGUUAGGCAGUGGCGGGCCGACGUCGAAGAACGACAAGUUUAACGACAACCUCCUCUUCUCGUGCUGUUGUGCGCGCGUCGACUUUUCGUGGUCGACUGUCUGCGACUGCUAUGCCGGAGGGUACAAGUGCGAGCAGACGUGUUUGGAGAAGGCACUCGUCGAGGAGAGCGUGUACGCGACUGUCGGCACCAACCUCUACAACAACAUUACGUACAUGUAUCCCAACGCCAACAUCUGGCUGACGGGACACUCGCUCGGUGGCGCGCUCGCAGCACUGAUCGGCCUCUCCUUUGGCGCGCCCGCAAUCGGCUUUGAAGCACCAGGAGAUCGCCUCGCCGCGCGCCGCUUGCAUCUCCCUCAACCUCCGGCAGUCCCCCCGGAGAAGUCCGGAAUCACGCACGUGUACCACACUGCUGACCCGAUUCCUAUGGGCACGUGCACCGGCGGCUACUCGGGCUGCUAUGCAGCCGGGUUCGCGCUUGAGUCCAAGUGCCAUACAGGGCAGACAAUCCUGUACGACACGGUGACUGUCAAAGGAUGGAGUGUGGAUGUACGCACUCACCGGAUUGGCGAGGUCAUCAACAGGGUGCUAGCGGAUCCAUGGCCCGUGGGAGAUGAGGGUGGCGACGACGACGACGACGACGACGACGAUCAGGGAGGGGGAGGUGAUUGGGAUGACGAUGACGACGACGACAUACCCGACCCCGGCACGGGGUGGCUUAACUGGUUCCCCUGGGGACGUGGGGGAAAGAAAGAGCCAAAGAAGCCAAAGAACCCCGAUUGGGAGAAGCAUGGCGGCGUGCCCAAGGCCAAGGCCGAGUCGAUGUGUGUCGACUGUUACAAGUGGGAGUUUGGCGACAACUGGAACAAGAAGUAG